GAUUCAUUUCUGCUGAGCCACAACAGGAACUCCCUAAAUAAAUUUUUUUUUAUUAUAGCUGGUUUACAAUGUUUUGUCAAUUUCUCCUGUACAGCAAAGUGACCCAGUCAUAUCUCUGUCUAUAUUUAUCUCUAUGCACACACAUUCUUUCCCUCAUAUUGUCUUCUGUCUUGUUCUAUCACAUGUGACUUUUUUAUUUUCUUAGUCUUUAAACUUUGUGAAUCAACUGUGUGCGUCAUGAUCCGAGGCGGUGGAACUUCGGCCCUUGUUCAACCAAAGACGUGGUUUGCCCUUCAAAUUAAGCACCCAGUAGGUUUUCGUCAAAUUUCCAAACACCGUUGAGCCUCAGGCCACCCACACGUAGCUUUGACCAUCCCUGGUGUCAAAUCUUGUCUAUUCAAAGGGACAUUUGAUGUCUGGACAGCCUAGGAACUAAGUCUAGAGAAUGAGGUUAUGGAUCCGUCUGGGAAAUACCGUAGUUCCCCUGAAGCACUGACUCCGUUCCCUGUGCUGCUGUUGGGGGGGUGUGCGGGUGGCAGGGAAGGGGACCUUCCUACUGGAAGGUGCACAGAUGUUGGAGCAACGGUGCCUGCCUGGAGUCUGUGCUUCUUUCCUGCUCUGUUUUCAGCCUGACUUUAAAGACUGAGCUCAGACACACUGUCUUUGUUCAAUGACUAAACCUAAAUUUUCCCAUUGCCAGAGACAUUGUAGCUUUGGAAAUAAAGGUACAAUUUCUUCUGGCUUUGAAAUCCUGCAGAGGACGCUGAGACCUGCCUUACUGUUUUAGGGGCCCUUUGGGCUCUGGAAGCUCUAGGCUUGGAGCCACCGGGGAAUGGGUUCCCUGGGCGACGACUCUAAAGGAUGAUGGACACAUGGCCAAAGGCCAGCAGGACCGACGACCGGCAGGCUCAUGGCUACACCUCUUAUGUAUGUUGAAGAACUACUGGCAGGCACCACAGUGGUUUAGAUGUGAUUCUUUAUCAGAAGCACCGUGGAGUUCUUUGAAAAUCUGUGGAUUCUGGAGCUGCAUUUCCAGUGAUUCUGAUUCAUGCAUGAUUGGGGCCAGGGGCAGUGGGUGCCCUGGGUGAGUGGUCGGGGGUCCCUUGGCCACACCGUGAGAACCACUGGUAGGGUAGGCUUUGGGGUUGAACAGACUGGGAUCCCGUCCUUCCCACUUUGUACAGGUUACGUGAUCUCACGAAGUUAUUUCAGUGUCUCUGACUGGUGGUUCUUUAAGUGGGGUUGGUGACACCAUCCAGGGAGGGCGUUGUGAGGGGUGCAGCCCGUACACACCAGGCACCUGGCUCUGCCUGGCACAUGUUAGGCUGUUAAUCACCUAGGGUUGGAAGUAAAGGGUCCCCCUCCAGACCCUGCAUUUCUGCCAUCCUUGUCAGAGGGAGGAUAUUGCUAAUCGCUGAGAAUGAGGAUCACGCUGGGUGUCUUCUCUGUCCUGGAGUCCAUUCCUCUGUGGGGCUUCUGGGUGAUGGGGCCCCUUUAUUCCCUUUGACUCUGGUGUUUGCCACUCAGCCUCCAGGUCUGCCGUGGGCCCACUGAAUGGCUUGAGAUGUGCCCUUCUCUUGUUCUCCUGCAAGGCGCCUACCUCCCACAUGCUUGCACAUGUACACACUUGUGUACACACACCUGCACACAUGCACACACAUGCCUGUAAAUGUGUAUAUGCCUGUGCACAGCUACACAUGUGCACACAUAUACCCGGGUGCACACACAUGGGCACAGUACACACAUGGACACACAUACACCCAUACACACGUGCACACACCUACACCUGUGCACACACGUGGACACACAGUGCACACAUCUAUACACACGUGGACACACACAGGUACCCACAUGCACACACGCACAGCUGAUCUGGUCCCGAGGAGCUGUAUCUGACACUUGGCUCAGGCCCAGUCCUCUCCUCUCAGGUCACUGAAACGUGGUGACAGUCCUCUAAAGGCCUGGCCUGCCAAGGCCUGGGGACUCUCCAGCCUGGAAGAGCUGGCCUCUGCCUGCUGGGCCUGCAAGGAAAUCAAGGCGCCUGUUUUCAGGGGCAAACUUGGGUUAUGCUCCCUGUCCCCGUGUCCACAGGCAUGUGAAGGCAGGGUUCACAGCCCGGCCAACUGUCUCUGCGAAACUCCGUCCUCUCCAAGAUCUUGAUCUUCCCGGAAGACCGGCAGGCCAGCUUUGGCAAAGCGUUUUCCUUUCAUUUGUUUUUAAUGCUCGCCCUGAAAAAUAAAGCCUUGGUUUUGGCCCAGGGCGCUGUCAAAACAAAACCCUUCCUGUCUCCAGGACAUAAGCAGGUUCCACAAGUACCCAAGCGCGAUGCCUCUUUGAGUUCCCAUCCACCGCCCCCCCCAGUGACUUUCCACGUGGAAGGACUGUGCAUCCUUUGCUUGCUAAUCAUUUAAAAUUCUAAUUGAAAGUUGCUUUCAUCAUGUGAGCCCUUUUUGGCAAAUGCACGAAGGUGUGUCUAAUGUAAUUCCAGUUUUUGAAGCAGUUUUUAAGUAAAAGAGGCUUUAAUCUUCAAUGCCUUUGACACUGGGCUCUUGAUGAGAUAUUUUGAGCAUAUAAAUUAUGCAAUUUUUCCAGCUGGUCAAAUUACGAAAGCUUGGACUUAGUGAUAAUGAAAUUCAGCGGCUCCCUCCAGAAAUAGCAAACUUCAUGCAGCUGGUGGAACUUGACGUCUCCCGAAAUGAUAUUCCUGAAAUUCCAGAGAGCAUCUCAUUCUGUAAAGCACUACAGAUCGCUGACUUCAGCGGAAACCCACUGACGAGAUUGCCAGAAAGCUUUCCUGAACUGCAGAAUUUGACAUGUCUUUCUGUGAAUGACAUCUCACUGCAGUCUCUGCCUGAAAAUAUUGGCAAUCUUUAUAACCUGGCUUCACUGGAACUGAGGGAGAAUCUUCUUACAUAUCUUCCCGACUCUCUGACCCAGCUACGGAGACUAGAAGAACUUGAUUUAGGAAACAAUGAAAUCUAUAAUUUGCCAGAAUCGAUCGGAGCUCUCUUACAUCUAAAGGAUCUCUGGUUGGAUGGAAAUCAACUGUCAGAAUUACCUCAGGAAAUAGGAAAUCUGAAGAACCUGCUGUGCUUAGAUGUCUCUGAAAACAGGUUGGAAAGACUUCCUGAAGAAAUCAGUGGCCUGACUUCAUUAACGGAUUUAGUCAUUUCCCAGAACUUACUAGAAAUGCUCCCGGACGGCAUCGGAAAACUAAAGAAACUGUCCAUCCUGAAGGUGGAUCAGAACAGACUCACCCAGUUGCCUGAAGCGAUUGGGGACUGUGAAAGCCUCACCGAACUGGUCCUGACAGAAAACCGGCUCCUGACUUUACCUAAGAGCAUUGGAAAACUUAAGAAGUUGAGCAACUUGAACGCAGACAGAAAUAAAUUAGUGUCUUUACCAAAAGAGAUUGGCGGGUGCUGCAGCCUCACCGUGUUCUGCGUGCGGGACAACAGACUGACUCGGAUUCCUGCUGAGGUGUCACAGGCCACUGAGCUGCACGUCCUGGAUGUGGCAGGGAACAGGCUGCUGCACCUGCCUUUAUCUCUGACCACCUUGAAGCUGAAGGCUCUGUGGUUAUCGGACAACCAGUCCCAGCCCCUGCUCACAUUCCAGACGGACACAGACCACACCACCGGGGAGAAGAUUCUCACGUGUGUCUUACUUCCUCAACUGCCUUCUGAACCUGCUUGCCAAGAGAACCUGCCUCGCUGUGGUGCCCUGGAGAGUUUGGUGAACGAGGUGUCCGAUGAGGCCUGGAAUGAGCGUGCAGUAAACAGAGUCAGCGCAAUCCGAUUUCUGGAAGACGAAAAGGACGAGGAUGACAAUGAAACGAGAACCCUCCUGAGGCGGGCCACGCCGCACCCCGGGGAGCUCAAGCACAUGAAGAAGACGGUGGAGAACCUACGCAACGACAGAAACGCUGCUAGAGGACUGGAUUCCAACAAGAACGAGGUCAACCACGCCAUGGACCGAGUGACCACGUCGGUGUAGACGGCACCUCCACGUCUUACCUCGCACGUCAUCCCUGCUGCGGAGAUCGGCCGGCCCGCGCUCCCCCUUGGCGGAGCGCCCCCUGCAGGUCUGUCUCUACCGGACCCCGCCCCCGCCCGCAGGUGGGGGUGCUGCUCCCCCCACAGCCCCGGAAGAAGUGCCUUACUCUAAUCCGACAGCCAGUCCUGCGCCGGUGGUCUCCAGCCUGAUGUCUUUGUGUUCUCUUUCCUAAGUUCCGGUUGUUUGUCCUGAGUAGAAUACACUACUGAAAACAUCUGACCUUUGUUUUCUGUCUUAUGUUGGGGUCAGGGAGAGCAGAAAGGGGAAUUUUCAUCCGCCUCCCUCCCAGAAAGUGCUGGGACAUUGUGAACCCGAAUUCUCUUGGACCUACUGAUGAGAGAGAGGUUUAUGCAUGAGAAAAAAAAAACAACAAAAAAAAAACUGAUAAUUUUUUAAACCCUUUUUGGCAGCUCAGAUGGUGUACAUUUAAAAAUUUUGUAUAGGUCUUUCGUAACAAGAAACAAUGUAUUUCUUUUUGUUAUUUUAUCUUGGAAACGGUACACGUUUUAGUAUUUGUGCGGAAAAAACCAACACCUGACAGUCCUAAAGUAUUUGUUUUUAUUUGUACCAUCCACUUGUGCCUUACCGUAUCCUGUGUCACGUCGAACCAGUUGUCACAGUGGCAUCUUUGAGCAGUGAGAUGGGAUGCUGAAUGUGGUAUUUUUAAUGCAGUGUUUGAAUCAGUGAUCUCCCAGGUGGAUUUGUUUUUAACCAAAAAGAAGAGUUACCAUCCCUUUGUAAAUUAGAUCAGUUGAUUUUUUUUUUUUUUAAGAUGAACCAAAGGAUUAGACUGCUACCAUCUCAUUUCUUACACUCUGACUUUUCACGAAUGAGUCUCUCAUGAUGAGUGCCGUGUCUGAUUGUAUGUACUUGGAAGGUCUGUGCCAUUUGUAAAAUAAAACCAAGCAGAAAAGCACAAAAAGAGAAAAUGGGCUCAGAAAUGCAGUGGGUAAAUAAAUUAUGUACGGCGAAAGUAUGAUUUUUACUGAAGACAGCUUUACAAGUUUUAUAUGGAGAUACAAAACCACAAUAAAGCAGAAUAACCUACAACCCUGCUAGAAAUGUCUCUCUCUUUAUAAGUGCAAUUUAAUUUGUAAAUAAGAGUUGGGAUCCAAGUGUAAUGAAAUGUCGUGUCCCGUUUUAAACGUCUCCUAAUUUAAGGGGCGUGGGGGUAUGUUUGGGUGUGUUUCUGUUGAUUUCUUUUGUUUUGUUUUGUAUGUUGUGAUAAAAGAGGAAUGAAAAGCGCCUGUUCCUGUGUGGCGUUUAGGAAAAUCACGUUGUCCGUGUUGGUGUGUUAUUCUUUCCGUGAAAUAAAGUCAGCCUGGACAUGA